AUGGGAGAUUCCCUGCCCACAACGUACAAAGCAUGGGUGGUCGAAUCCGCCGGGUCUCCGUUACAACUGCAAGAACGGGAGCUCCAACUCCCGGGUGGUGGCGAGGUGCUCGUCAAAGUCCGUGCCUGCGGAGUGUGCUUCACAGACGUAGCCGUCCAACAGGGCGACCACGGGCGAGACUUGUUCCCCCGGGUUCCCGGCCAUGAAAUUGUGGGUGACGUGGCUGCCUUAGGGCCAGGCGUGACGAGCUUCUCCGUUGGAGAUCGAGUCGGCGGAGCGUUUCACGGAGGCCACGACAACACCUGUCGCUCCUGUAGGCGCGGUCAGUUCCAAACAUGCGAAAACGUCGUCUACAACGGCGUCACCCGCGACGGAGGGUACGCAGAGUACGUCGUACUACGCGUCGAGGCCACCAUCCGCGUACCCUCGGACCUGGACCCAGCCCGGGUCGCACCGCUCCUCUGCGCGGGCCUCACCGUCUUCAACGGCAUCCGGAAGAUGCACGUCGAGCAGGGCAACCUGGUGACCAUCCAGGGCGUCGGCGGGCUGGGCCACUUGGCGAUCCAAUACGCACACAAGAUGGGCUACAAGGUUGCCGUCCUCAGCUCGUCCCCUUCCAAGAGGGUUUUCGCGGAGAAGCUCGGCGUGCACUUUUACAUCGACACGAGCUCCGUCGACCCGGUGCGGGAACUGAACAGGUUAGGCGGCGCUGCCCUGAUCGUCGCCACGGCUCCCAGCGCCGAAGCCAUCAAGCCCCUGACUGCUGCGCUGCAGCCUGCUGGCAGACUUGUCCUCCUCGCGCCGGCUGGGCGGGUGGAGAUCAAUACCAACCAUCUCAUCACGAGGGCCUCUUCUCUCCAGGGUUGGGUGACGGGGAGUACCUUGGAUGCUGAGGAGACUAUUGAUUUCUCCAACACUUUUGAUGUCGAGUGCAUGAUUGAGCCGUUUUGCUUCCUCGACGCCCCCAAGGCCUGGGAACGUACGACGUCUGGUGCUGUCCGGUUUCGGACAAGCCAAGAAGGCAUACCCAAGCACAACGGCAACAUGAGCAACUACGGCUGGGGCGGCAGCGGCUAUGGCGGAGGCAGCGGCUAUGGCGGAGGCAGCGGCUAUGGCGGAGGAAAUAACGGUGGCAGCGGCAGUGGUCGCGGCGGAGGGAACAGCAACAAUAACGGUGGCAGCGGCCGUGGGGGAGGCAACAACGGCAACAAUGGAAACAACAACGGCGGGAACAAUAACGGCAACAAUGGAAACAACAACGGCGGGAACAACAACGGCAACGCCGGAGUCCCCGACUGGCUGAACCCUGCCAACUGGCACAACGCUCCGUGCCACAACUACGCAUACACGGACCCGCGCUCCGUCAACCAGAACUAUACUGCCAGCAGCAGUUGGUCCGCCCUGCCCGCGCACGAGACGCAUUACCAGUGGGAGUGCUGCCGCUGCCGCUCGUGGAACGACUUCGCCAACAAGCAGAGAACCGCUGGUGGCUGGGCUUACCGCUGCCGCUGCGGUCACGUCAACGAGAAGUGCGCCAGGUGCCAAAACAUGCAGCCUAUCCGGGUCGUCUGAUUCUGUUCUUUCGAGGAGCUAGGAUCUAUUGGUUUGGCACCCAGGUCUGUCUUUGGAGUCAGGGAUCUAUUGGUUCGAGUCACAUGUCUUUCUUUGGAGGAGUCAUGGAUCUAUUGGCUUGGGAUACAGGUCUAGUCUUUUGAGGACCUAAGUGUCUAGUCUUUGGUAACCCAGGUCUGUUGUUUUGGUGACUCGGUAUCUACUUCGACUGGCUUCCUAGCACAAAGCCAACGCCCCUGGGCAAGAAAUAAAGUGAAUCUUGCCUAAUAACCGGCUUAUACCCA